GGGCUGUCUAGAUGCUUCUUCUCCGAUUGCUUCCGUCGCGUGGCGGCAGUGGCGGCCCGGCUGGAACGCGAUACCGUGACGCGUUUUGGGAGUGGACGCGAAGUGGCACUUUCUCCUUUGUCUAGAUCCUUUCGAUAUCCGCUUUUGCAUCAAUACCUCCUUAGAUAUCCUAUAUUGAACAAGGUUGUUGGACGACAUGGAUGGCGAACUGGACUACACGAUGAAUCCGCCGCUCGACACCAGCAGUGCUUCCUCAUCACAGGCUAUAUGGCCAGUACAUAUAUGCAAAGUCGAGGUAAGAGUGUCUCCCAACGCGACUGCACGUUUCGACACCAUCCGUAGCGCGGUGCACAAUUAUAUCACAUCCUCUUUCUCCCACAUCUACCUUCCAUCCACACUUCAAGGCUGGGAAGACGUCCCCCUCCUCGCCUCAUCCGUCGCUCGCAUAAUAGCAUCCGAGUCUCCAUGCGCCCCACCCUCUAUACCCAUCGAACAGAUUUCACUGCAAAUUCACGUAUACCAACCUUCGGAAUCAGACGCUUUCGAAGAGCUUGCAGGUGGUAAUGGGAGAAGUGACGGGGAAGAAGUCAUGGCCGCAACCGUAUGCGAACUCCCCAGUAUUGGGUGGGAGGGAUUAUGGGAGAGCCUCAUAUACCCCGAUGAUAUCAAGUCAAAACUACUGGACUACAUUUACGCCACAGUGGUCUUUAGCGAUGCUGAUGUUGACUUCAACAUUGUUUCUUGGAAUCGCAUGGUCCUGCUACAUGGACCUCCCGGGACGGGAAAGACCUCACUUUGUCGGGCAUUGGCACAGAAACUGUCGAUCCGACUGUCCGACCGGUAUCCAAGUGCUCGAUUGCUCGAAAUCAAUUCGCAUUCACUAUUUUCGCGAUGGUUUUCAGAGUCUGGGAAGCUCGUUCAACGAUUGUUUGGCACUGUAAUGGACAUGGUGGAAGAUGAAGAGACCUUUGUUGUUGUCCUGAUAGAUGAGGUCGAGUCGCUGACCGCAGCUCGUGCUGGAGCUAUGGCCGGCACAGAACCUUCGGACGCACUGCGUGUUGUCAACGCUCUUCUUACACAGUUGGACAAGCUCAAACAUAGAAAGAACGUGCUUGUGAUGUCCACUAGUAACCUCGCCAAAGCAAUUGAUUCAGCAUUUGUCGACCGUGCAGAUAUCGUACAAUACGUCGACCUUCCACCGAGGGAAGCGAUAUACGAGAUUUUGCGUACUUGCCUCUCCGAGCUCAUCACGAAGGGUAUUGUUGCAGACGUGGACGUGCCAAGUCAUACCCAAGCACUGCUAUACGAGCGUACCGCAAAAUUCGUUUCGGUUCCUGUUGCGGCUCCGUCAUUAGAGCCAAUUUCUGACUUGAACCCGCAAAGUCUUGCUCAGCAAGCCGAAGCGAUCUUCGCAUCGGGCGUGUCAGUCAACGGGCAGCCCCAAGCUCAAGACUGGCGAGAAAGAUCAAGAAAGGUUUCGUUAAGGCUUCUUGCUCUGGCGGACAAAUGUCGUGCGCAAGGAAUGUCCGGCCGGUCAUUGCGUCGAUUACCAGUGCUUGCGCAUGCGCGUUACAUUGGCACGCUAUCAAUGCUACCUCCAAAGCCGUCCUCGGUCAACGGAAACAAUGGUAUAAGAAGUAAAACGGCGGGAAGUGUUACCACCCGUGGAGGCGCUGCGACUGAUGUCGAAUUGUGGCUGGAUGCUAUGGAGAAGGUGAUUGAUGCACAAGGUGUGGAGAGGAAUAGGUUAGAAGGAUGAUCGAUGAACGUUGACAACAAUUUACGACAUUGCAUUUCUGCCAUCAGUUUCAAGCAUUGUUCGUUACGCUCACUUUGGGACUUCUGUCAUACUCAGUUUCCUCGUGAUGCACUGGUAGUGCUGUAGCACCUGUAUCAUAAAAGAGAUGUGACUUUCAAGUUGUAGCAUAUUCCAAUGCGGACCAUUAAUCAGAAAAUAAAGCAGAAUGUCGGACUUUUGUGUCCUUAUUCAUGCUCAGUGGAUCCUUCUGUCCCUGAAGAACAUUAAUUCCUCGCUUUCUAU